AUGAAAGCCGUCAUUCAAAGAGUGAAAUCCGCAUCGGUCACUGUUGACGAACAGUUGAUCUCCUCAAUCGGCCGUGGUCUUCUCGUUCUUGCUGGGGUGGGAAAGGAAGAUACUGAGAAAGAUGCGGAUUCCCUUGUAACCAAGAUAUUGAAGACGAGAUUCUGGCCGACGGAAGAUGGAGGACAAUGGAAGAAGAACGUACAGGAUAUCGAGGGAGAAGUGCUUUGCGUUUCGCAAUUUACGCUCUUCGGUCGGUUGAAGAAAGGCAACAAGCCCGAUUUCCAUGAAGCCGCCGACGUGGAGACAGCGCGGAGACUGUACGACUACUUCUUCCAACAAUUGCGCAAGGCCUACAAGGAGGAACGGGUCAAGAACGGUGUCUUUCAGGCCAUGAUGGAUGUCGAACUGAAGAAUGAUGGGCCGGUGGGUGUAGAUUACCGCAGUGACGAUGCAGCGGUCACAAUUGAGAUCAACACCAAAUUACCAAAGAAGGAAAAGAAGCCUGAAGAAAGCAAAAAGCCCGAAGACGACAAGAAGGAAGAUGCGGGGGAAGGCCAAGGGAAGCAGAGUUAUGAGUUUACAAUGCCAGCAACCUUGCUGGAAUAA